CUUUGUAACCUAAGCAUGGGCAAACAGCUAAUGUAAGUUUAUUCACAGAACUUUGACUCUGCUUCUGGAUAUGGCUUUACUUGUUACCAUCACUUAUGCACGGAACACGAGUUAUUACCGUUGUCCAUAGACACUUUUCCCUCUCAAACUGUUCAUAUUUGAAGUUUCAUUACUCGUGCUUCUCCACCCUUAUUCUAUCAAAACCCAAUCUCCACUCUGCUUCAAGCCACAAAACCAGCAAAUUUCUUGUUUACUGCAACACCCAGAUCACAAAACAUGGAAAAAAUGGUAAUAUCAAAGAAGCUGAGUCUGUCUUCAGUCAUAUGCCCCACAAGAAUACCAUCUCUUGGACUGCCAUGCUUACUGCCUAUGGCCAAAGUGGCCAGACCGUCAAAGCCCGGAAACUGUUCGAUGAAAUGCCUGAGCGAAACACUGCUUCGUAUAAUGCCAUGAUCACAGCAUAUAUUCGGAAUAAAUGCGUGAUAGAAGAAGCUGUUAAGUUGUUUGAUGAGAUACCCGAGCGUAAUGCUAUCUCUUAUGCUGCCAUGAUCACUGGUUAUGUAUGGGCAGGGAUGUUUGACAAGGCCGAGAAGCUUUACUCUGAUAUGCCGGUGAAGUUGCGGGAUCCGGUUUGUUCGAAUGCUCUAAUAAAUGGGUAUUUGAAGAUGGGAAGGUUGGAAGAGGCGGGUCAAAUUUUUGAGGGUAUGAUGGAGAGAGAUGUGGUUUCUUGGAGCUCUAUGGUUGAUGGGUAUUGCAAAGAGGAAAAGGUAGGUGAUGCUAGAAAUUUGUUUGAUAUCAUGCCAGAGAGGAAUGUAGUUACUUGGACAGCAAUGAUUGAUGGGUAUAUGAGGAUAGAGAGUUUCAAAGAUGGGUUUGAAUUGUUUUCGAGUAUGAGAAGGGAAGGAUCAGUGAUGGUUAAUUCUACUACCUUGACUGUGCUGUUUGAUGGUUGUGGUAGUCUUGGUAGGUAUAGAGAAGGGAUUCAAAUGCAUGGAUUGGCUUCUCGCAUGGGAUUUGAUUUUGAUGUCUUCUUAUGCAAUUCUAUUAUUACCAUGUAUUGCAGAUUUGGUUGUACAUAUGUAGCUACAAAGAUAUUUCAUCAGAUGAGUAGGAAAGAUGUGGUUUCUUGGAAUUCCUUGAUUGCGGGUUAUGUCCAAUGUGGUUCAAUUGAAGAAGCCUUUACACUUUUUGAGAUGAUGCCCAGAAAAGAUGUAAUUUCCUGGACAACCAUGAUUACAGGAUUCUCAAGCAAAGGGAUAACUGAAAAAUGCAUCCAAUUGUUUGAAUUGAUGCCUCAGAAAGAUGAUAUUGCUUGGACGGCUGUCAUUUCUGGUUUUGUGAAUAAUGGGGAGUAUGAGGAGGCCUUUUGUUGGUUUAUCAAGAUGCUUCGGAAGGCAGUCAGGCCAAAUCCUCUUACUUUGAGUGGUGUGCUUAGUGCUUCAGCCGGUUUGGCAACACUUAACCAAGGGUUGCAAAUCCAUGCUCACAUAGUAAAGAUGGAUUUGGAAUUUGAUUUGUCCAUUCAAAACUCUUUGGUUUCAAUGUAUUCAAAAUGUGGAAAUGUGGAUGAUGCCUACCUGAUUUUCAAAAAUAUCAAUGCACCCAAUAUUGUAUCCUUUAACUCAAUGAUUACUGGAUUUGCCCAAAAUGGGGUUGGGGAAGAAGCACUUAAUUUAUUUCAAAAAAUGCAGAAUGAAGGCCAUGAACCAAAUCAAAUCACAUUUCUUGGCAUUCUUUCAGCCUGCACCCAUGUGGGACUUGUGAAAGAAGGAUGGAACUACUUUACAUCAAUGAUUUCGUUAUAUGGUAUUGAACCGGGGCCUGACCACUAUGCAUGCAUGGUUGAUCUCCUUGGCAGAGCUGGAUUUCUAGACAAAGCGAUUGAUUUGAUCCGUUCAAUGCCUUUUGAACCCCAUUCUGGAGUUUGGGGGGCUCUUCUUGGCGCAAGCAAGACCCACGUACGUAUUGAUAUUGCAAAGCUUGCAGCUGAGCAACUUGUCAAAUUGGAGCCUGAUAAUGCAACCCCUUAUGUGGUCUUAUCCAACUUAUAUUCUGUUGAGGGGAAAAAGGAGGAUGGUGAUGAAGUCAGAAUGACCAAAAAGUCAAAAGGGAUUAGGAAGAAUCCAGGGUGCAGUUGGAUAAUAGUGAAAGACAAGGUUCAUAUGUUUCAUGCAGGAUAUCAAUCACAUAUGGACUUUGAAAGGAUAUAUGUUAUGCUUUGGACCAUGUCAAUGGAAAUGAAUCAGUUGGAGUACAGCAGAUAAUGACUGGUUUCCUUUCUUUAAAAUGAUGUACAUGUCAGAAGAGGUAACUACCACCAGUGUUUUUUGUAGAUAUCUGUGGGAGCUAUCAUCUCAUAUAUGGUUUGAGUUUCUUCUGUUUCUUAUGGUUGAUUAUUUGAGGCUGGUCUCAAGGCUUUGUUUGGAAGGAAACACAGCUUCUUAGGAUGCUUUUCCUGAAAAGAAUUAAAAGAAAAGCCAUCAUUCUUUCAAUGGGUAAUGAUGGUUUAAUAUGCAGCCAACAUCUUUUGGAAACUUGUAGGGGCUGGACGUUUGCUAAAAGUUUGAUGAAGGCAUCUUACUUUGUGCUGAUGGGAUAAAAAUUUUCCUAGCAUGUGAAGGCUGUAAUCCUUUUGGACUCUCAGUUAAGCAUACAGGAGCUUGUUCUACUAAAUGACCAUAACAGGUUCUUGUCGUUGUUGUGUGUUCUUUGUAGACCAGUUCAUCAUUCUUUUUAAGCUCAGGAUUCUGCUUGAUGACAAUAAUUGUCACUAUUUUAAGAGUCCUUCAGAAUGCUUGUAUCGACCUCUAUUUAUAAGGACUCUGCAUCUUUAUAUUGUUGCACAAAGGGUCUCCCUCCUUCAGAAUUCUUGACACCACACCUUCAAAACCACUUCUUUGCUUCCUCUGCCCUCUUCCCAUUUCAUUUCUGGAGAUAGGGUUGCCAGAAACUGUUUUGGAACGUUGCAUAUAUUCUGCCCUGAGUUUCAUUGGAGAUGAGCAUACUCAAUUCCAUAGUUUUGUGGUUUCUCAAGCUCCCAAGCAGUCUUACAUCACAUUUGGCAAUUAGUCCUCUCUUCAAUUACUGCUUUGCUGUUGUUGAUGAUCACACCUAGAAGAUUACAAGAUGAUGCCAAACUAAUCAGUUUGGUCUUGGGGGAGAUACAGACCACAUCUCAGUCGUAUCCCCAGGAAUUUCAAAUA